AUGUGCAAGACAGAACAACCUUACUACGAGGCAUUGCCCCAAACUUUGCAGCCAUUGCAUUAUGACGUAGCCGUCUCGGAGAUUACCGACUCGGUUUAUAGUGGUAUAGUGAAGAUCGACUUAUCCAUUGUAGAGGCCACAGAUGAGUUACAUCUCCAUUACCGAGACUUAACCAUUAAGAACGCCGUAGUUCAUUAUAUGGGAGCACUGUUCGAUGCGAAAGUGGCCCUGACAGAUAAGAAAAAGGAGGUGUUCGUGUUGAAGCUCGGCAGAUCUUUGGACGCAAUUGGCGAAAUUGCACAGGUGGAAAUUUCAUUUGAAGGUAUCAUUCAGACAAACAUGGCGGGCUUCUAUAAGUCUGCUUACGUAGAAAACGGUGUCACGAAGUAUAUGCUUUCAACUCAGUUCGAGGCUACAGAUGCAAGAAGAGCGUUCCCUUGUCUUGACGAACCAGCAUUGAAAGCAACAUUCACCGUGCACAUUACGACCAAGCUGGACUUGACCGUGUUGGGAAAUAUGCCUGUUGAAAGGGAGGAACCUGUUGGCGACGACUACAAGAGAGUCACGUUUUGUAAAACACCAAAGAUGUCCACAUAUCUCUUGGCUUGGGCAGUGGGAGAAUUUGAGUAUAUCCAAAGUUUUACUGAGGAUGUUUACUACGGCGAUAAACCCUUACCCGUGUCUAUUUAUACCACUAAGGGUUACACCAAGGAUGCUCAGUUCGCUUUGGAGAUUGCUCCUAAAAUCGUGGAUCUCUUCAGCAAGGUCUUCCAGGUAAAGUAUCCAUUACCAAAACUUGAUCUCAUAGCCGUCCAUUCUUUCUCCCACAAUGCAAUGGAGAAUUGGGGCCUUAUCACGUACAGAAGCACCGCUCUUUUGUAUUCGCCAGAAAAGUCUGCGCCCUCAUAUAAACAGAACGUGGCAUAUGUUGUGGCUCACGAAAUUGCUCACCAAUGGUUUGGCAACCUAGUCACCAUGCAAUGGUGGGACGAGUUGUGGUUGAAUGAGGGUUUCGCCACUUGGGUAGGAUACUACGCCGUAGACCAUUUGUUUCCGGAAUGGGACAUUUUCUCAGAAUUUGUAUCAUCAUCAUUGCAACAAGCUCUUCGUCUCGAUGGUUUGAGGAAUUCUCAUCCCAUCAAGGUUCCUGUGAAUGAUGCUCUUGACAUUGAUCAGCUUUUUGAUGCAAUUUCAUACUUGAAAGGCUCGUCAACUAUCCUCAUGUUGUCAACUUAUUUGGGUACCGAUGUGUUCUUGAACGGUGUUGCCAAGUACCUCAAUGUACACAAGUAUGGCAACACUACCGCAGAAAAUUUGUGGAGUGCUAUAUCGGAUGUUUCUGGACAUGAUGUGGCUUCGUUGAUGGAUCCAUGGAUCACCAAAAUUGGCUAUCCCAUCAUUAAAGUUUCCGAAUCAGAAGGCAAUUUGCAAUUAUCACAGUCCAGAUUCUUGAACGGUGGCGGAGUUUUGCCCGAAGAAGACGAAACCGUGUGGUGGGUUCCUUUGAACAUUAAAUCUUCAGCCCAAAACUUGCAAUCGGAUGCUCUUCUUCAGAAGAGUGCCCUGUUGGAUAUUGAGUUAGACUCUUUUUUCAAAUUGAACAAAGAUACCGAGGCCCCUUAUCGUGUUGACUACGAUUCAAAGAUUUUGAAUGACAAUGUUCUUCUGAACUUCAGCGAACUAUCUACUAAGGAUCGAGUAGGGUUGAUCGCUGAUGUGAUUUCGAUUGCAAUUUCUGGCGACUCUGCGACCUCUACAAUUACAUUCCUCAACCUAGUGAAAUCUUUGACUUUGGAUGCCGCUCUUCUCGGUGAAGCUUUUGCACCCUGGAAGGAACUCGUUGCUGCUUUAUCAUCAUUUAGUCGUACCUUCAGUGGCCUCGAUGCAGCCCUAACUGCUAAGGUCCAAUCGUUCAUAAAAGCAGUGUAUUCGAAAUUGGCAAUUAAGCUCUUGCGAGAAAAUGUUCCUGGAUCCAACUUUAAUCGCUCGAAAUUGAAAUCGCUCAUUCUUAAAACAUCACUGGGUUGCCACAUCCCAGAGUUGCAACAAUUUGCUAAUGAUGCCUACGCAAAUUGGACUGCUUCUGGAUCCAUCGAUUCUUCUCUCAGAGAGUAUAUCUUCGGAAGUAAAGUCAGCUCUCCAGACUUCUCAGAAAGAGACUUCGAAUUGUUGAUGAACGAGGUGAUCAAACCAUCUUCAUUGGACUCUAGAGAAAUUGUUCUAGGCGCCAUGGGACAAAUUUCACACCCCGAAUACACCGGAAGGCUUUUGGACUCAAUUUUGGACGAGAACGUCAUUCCAACAAUGGAUGCGCAUUUCCUCGCGGUCACUGUCACAAAUAACCCAUUGACAAGAGCCGGCUUCUGGACGUUCUUCAAAAACAACUACGAAAGAUUGUACGAGCUCAUGUCGACCAACAUGGUGGUGCUCGAGAGAUUUGUGAAGUUAACCUUAUGUAACUACCAAACCUCGGAAAUGGCGCUGGAAGUGGAAGCAUUUUUUGAAAACAAGGACGUGCAUGGUUUCGAGCGGGCGCUCAAACAGGUGUUAGACCAAAUUCAAAUCAAUGCCGCAUGGUACGAAAGGGACCAUCAAGAGGUUUUCAAGUGGUUGGAUGAAAAUCAGUUUUAA